GUGUACUUUUUACCGCCAGAAGUCAAGGGUGUGUCGAGCGUGGUUACGGCCGAUGAAGGCCCAGAGUGAACCUACGACAUUGACAGUGAAGGUCAAUGGAGAGAGGGAUGCCUCAUCUGGCCAUGAACUAGUAACAGAAAGCCAUAUCCAAGCAGAAUAGCAGUUCGCCAAAUCGUAAGCCAACAAGCGGUACCUGAGAAACCAGUCGACCCAGGCUGAUGUUGUUCGCGCAAUAAUCGGCCAAAAGUUGAAACAGUCAUCUAUUUCAAUUCCCGCCAACCAGCCCAUCAAGGUCCUAACAGCAGGCAAGUCAACAAUGCUGAACAUGAUUGCAUCGGACAUACAAAAAGAGUUUGGAUCAGCAGAUACCUAGUAAAGCUGAGGAUAUGACAAUAGCCGAGCUUGUUGAACGUCUUGGUCCAUACGACGGGAAGCUUGGAAGGCAUACGCAGAAUAUGAUUGCGAAGGUCUUUAGUUCCAAGAUGCCUCGAGGUUUCUCUUUAACUUCAGCAUAUAACUAUUUGAACGACAAGUAUGGGCUUGGACGGCAGCGCCAAGAAGGUCUUCUCCUGCUGGCGCUUACAAUGGAGCCGUCUGAGCGCCUGACCAGUGAGCAGGAUGCCAGGCAAUGGCUAGCGAAUAUUGCUCAGCUGUAUGCUAAAAAGGAAGGAAUUACCUUCACCACACAUACGGCAGGUCCAACUACGAAUCCUGCACUGUCGCAGUCCAACGCUCCAGUUGUCAACAGUGACGUGUUCAACUUGUCCCAGGAGAAAUUAAACAUGCUAGCAACUCGGCAGAUCCAAGCCUUGAGAGAGUUCACUGGGACAGAUACGCAAUGUUCAGAUGGCCUGCUGGACACGCUAAAACAGCAAGUCACCGCCUAUGCAAAGGAGCUGAGUGAUCUGCAGUUAGAACUAGGAGGUGAUCUCAUCAACGGUACGAAACAAAAGUUUGACCAAAAAAAGGCACGGCACUACAACUCAUACUGGAAUUGGGUGCGCCAGGAUGUGAUGCAGUUGGUUGCGGACAUAUUGGUCAAGGAUUCGUUUGACCCCAGCGAUGUGUGUGUCAGGAAAAGGUUGCAGAUGAUUUCCAACCGCUCUUGCCCCGACCUUUUGACACUAGUCGAUGGAUACCUGGCUGUUCUCGCUAGCAACAACAGUCUUGCUACAAAAAAAGCGACGCGUGUUUUAGAGUAUCUGCGCCAAGUUUGCAUCGAUUCGAGUAACAAUGCACCAGUGUAUAGGGAGAUAUCUCUGCCCCUCCGCCCAUGCACAAUGGUAACCAGCAGGGGCGAUGUGGUAUAUUCUGAAGAAAGACGAGAGCAAAUGCCAACAUUCAAAGAUUAUGUGAGCGAUGCACAGAAGUGUACACUCACAGGUCCGCAACGUCUCUAUCUAUCUGAAAGGCUUGAUAAUGGCUCAUGGGCGUAUAGCACUGGCCUUACUCAACAAUACUUUGACUCCCUGAAUGAGAUUGUGGAGAACGGUCUGACAUUCGAAGGAAAGGCUGCACUUGUCACUGGUUGUGGGCCUGGGUCAAUAGGGUCAAGCAUUGUUGAAGGGCUACUGACAGGAGGCGCUAGGGUCAUUGCAACAACGUCAAGCUAUGGUUUCACUACAGUUAGAUACUAUGAGGAUAUGUACAGACAGUUUGGCGCGCGUGGAGCAGAACUAGUUGUCGUUCCGUUCAACCAGGGAUCUACCCAGGAUGUCAGCAUGCUGAUCGAGUACAUCUAUGGUACAGAUGGUCUGGGGUGGGAUCUGAGCUACAACUAUCAUUCCGCAUACUGCUCACCAAUAUCUACCAGAAUGAUUGGUGCUAUCAAGAUUGCCAAGGAGGCUCACAAAUACGCCCGGUCGCCAACGCUGGUAGUUUUGCCUAAUUCCCAGAACAAGGGCACAAUCGGCAAUAGCGGGCUGUAUGGUGAGGCAAAGAUGGCACUGCAAUCACUUUACAACCGCUGGCACUCAGAGUCAUGGUCCGAAUAUAUCUCGCUCACUGGCGCGGAUAUUGGUUUUGUUCGGAACACAAGGAUGACAAACGACCACUCGGCGAUCCUUGAGGGUGUGGAGCAGGCUGGGCUGCUGACAUUUUCUCGCGAAGAAAUGGCAUUCAACCUUCUUGGGCUGUUGAGUCCAGACAUGGUGGAGCAGGCGCAGCUAUCGCCUGUAUGGGCCAACUUUACCGGAUGUGAAGUAUCUGGUUCCGAAUACAGUUCUAUACUGUUUAAACUGCACACCACGCACUCCCAACUGGUCACAGUCAAUAGAGAGGUCCAUUUAGAUAAUAUCAACGACAAUGUGAUUCAUCAUCAAUCUCGUUCUAACCUCUUCCGGGAUUCUGAUAUAACUACUCCGUUAGCAAAACACCGCAUUUCCUUCCCACCGACACGCUCGUUUGACCAGCUCAAGCCACUGCAUCAUCUCCAAGGAAUGAUAAAUCUUGACAAGGUUGCUGUCAUAACUGGGUUUGGCGAGGUUGGUCCGUUUGGAAAUGCUCGGAUGCGCUGGGAAAUGGAAGCAUUUGGCGAGUUUUCCAUGGAGGGGUGCAUUGAACUGGCGUGGAUCAUGGGUCUGAUCAAGCACUUUGAUGGGCAACACCCACUGACAAUGGAUCAUUAUAUUGGAUGGGUCGACGCAAAGACGAGUGAGCCGGUGAGAGACAUGGAUGUCAAGAAGGUGUAUGAGCCUUACAUUCUCCAGCAUGUGGGAGUGCGAUUUGUUGAGCCAGAGUUGCACGAUGGCUUCGAUCCGCACAAACACUCACUUGUGCGUGAGCUGCAAAUCAGCCAUGAUCUUGAACCAUUCGAGGCAACUGAAGACGAGGCAGCACAUUUUAAACAUGGAAAUGGAGAUAAAGCUGAAACAUGGGAGAAUUCCAACGGAACAUGGUCCGUCAGGUUCCUGAAAGGUGCGACACUGCUUGUUCCAAAAGCCCUUCAGCUUGAUUGCUACACCGCUUCCCAAAUUCCAACUGGCUGGGACCCUGCCCGAUAUGGCAUUCCACAGGAUAUCAUUGACCAUGUGGAUAGGACUACAUGCUACGCCCUGAUAUCAGCUAUGGAGGCGCUGGUCUCAUCUGGAAUCACUGAUCCCUAUGAACUCUACCAGUACUUCCAUGUCUCUGAAGUUGGGCAUACAAUCGGCUCAUCAACUGGUGGUGUCCGAAGCUUGCGUAAUGCAGUCUUAUACAGGUGGAUCGAUAAGGAUGUACCGUCGGAUACAUUGAUUGAAGCCAUGGUUAGUGCACCUGAUGCUUGGAUAAACAUGCUGCUGCUGUCAUCUGCAGGACCAUUAAAACCUACGUCAGCUGCAUGUGCAACUGCGCUGGUGGCACUAGAGGUGGCGAUCGAGACCAUUCAAUGCGGGAAAGCUAGAGUUAUGCUUGCUGGGGCGGUUGAGGACUACUCUAAAGACACUGCAUAUGGGUUUGAGCUAUUGCAAACAACUGCCAACACAGCUGAGGAGCUUGCAAAGGGUAGGACUCCAGAGGAGAUGAGUAGGCCAUUCACUGAUAGUCGGUCUGGGUACAUGGAGAGCUACGGAUCAGGCAUCUUCGUUGUCAUGUCGGCCACAGCAGCAAUAGAGAUGGGGGCUCCAAUAUAUGGAGUUGUAGCUCUAACAGAGUCAGCUACCGAUAAGCAGGGGCACAAUGUUGGAGCCCCUGGUAGAGGUAUCUUGUCAACAGCCCGUGAAUUGCAUUCUCAGCCGCCCACAAGCAUGCUGGAUUUUAAAUACAGGAAGCAAGGCCUCGAGUUGCAGCUCUCGUUUAUCAGCAGGGCAAUGGAGCAGCAGCUACAGAAGCUACCUGACAAGGACCCGAAUACUAGCAGCCAUGCUGCACAAUAUAUGACCAUGCCCACCACCAACGGAUGGGAGCUACAGACCUAUGGGCGGCAUAUCACCUAUUCGUGGGACAUUGGCGACAUGGGGCUGAACGAUGUCAGUGAACCCAGUGUUAUCAACAAACUGUUGACACAUGCAGGACGUACACCAGGAUAUCCUGCACCAGUUGUAAGCCAAAAGUGGCUCACAGGGCAUCCAAAAGCACCUGCAGCAGGCUGGAUGCUUAAUGGAGCACUGCAAGCAAUCAGCACUGGAAUUAUUCCUGGGAACAGAAAUGCCGAUAAUAUUGACCCAAAGGUCAGGCAAUACGACCAUCUUGUAUUCCCAUCGUGCACAACAAAGGUGACUAAUAUCAAGGCCGUAUUGCUCUCCUCGUUUGGCUUCGGUCAAGCCGGCUGCAUUACGUUAGUUCUAAACCCAGACUACGUUCUCGCAACUCUCUCAGCUGAUGAUUUGGCGGCAUAUCAAGGAAAGGUACAAAAGCGGAAAGAUAAGGCCGACAAAUAUUUCCAGGAAACGCUAUUAGGCAGUCACAACCUUAUUUGCGUGAAGGGUACACCGCCAUUCACCUCUGAGCAGGAGGACAAUGUGUUCCUGAAUCCAUCGGCCCGCGCAUCAUAUGAUGCUGCUACUGAUUCAUAUCAUAUUUGA